AUGCAGCCUGAAGCUCAGCAGACAGCUCAACAAACAGCCACAGACAUACUGGACCCUGCAGAUCAGUACCUGCGCCGGAGGAGGACGGCCCUGUGGGUGACUGUGUGUCUGCUGGCUCUGUCUCUGGUGGUGCUGACGGUGGGUCUCAUCUCUGCCACCCGCACCGACAAUGUGCCCGUCGCUGGGUAUUACCCGGGCAUCACCCUGAGUUUUGGAGCAUUUCUGGGAAUUGUCGGCCUCCACCUGGUGGAAAACCGCAGACCCAUGCUUGUGGCAGCGAUCAUCUUCAUCAGUAUCGGGGUCAUCGCGUCUUUCUUCUGUGCCAUUGUGGACGGGAUCAUCGCUUCAGAAUUCAUCGACAUGAGACCCCUUCAGGAGGACAUGUGCCACCACACCAGUGGUUCGGCCUACGCCUACGCCUACGACAACUACUACACAGAGGUGACGUGUCGCUCAUUUGACAAAGCCUGCAAGCUCAAACUCAGGAGCAACACCUGCUACUGCUGCUACCUGUACAACUGUGAUAGCACAGACUACCACACACAGUACUUCGAGUUCACUGGUGUCAGCAGUUGCUGGGACGUGAUCCACCUGUACCGUCUGCUGUGGGCCUCGGUGGUGCUCAACGUGAUCAGCCUGUUCCUGGGCAUCAUCACUGCCGCCAUCCUCGGCGCGUACAAGGACAUGCAGAAGCCUAAUCCUCAACUGGCUCCCAGUCCUGCACCCCCACCCCACAUCCUGUACAACCCCACCCAGCACAUGCUCACCUACGCUGGGUUCUGUCCUUCAGGACAGAGUCUGCCUGCCUACCCCAACUAUCCAAUGUCCAUGCAGCAUAACAGCAACUACCAGGCACCUGCUACGCCCCAGAUGAACCCAGACGGAGGCCUCUCCUCCACCUCCUGCCCGUCUGAGGAGAACCAGCCGCCCUCCCAGGCCUCCACCCAGCCUCAGGGAGCCACCCAGGAACCAGGCGGCUACAUGCUGACUCCCAACGCUCCCGUCCUCUACGGAUCGUCCUUCGGCUCCUUUGAGAAACCUCCUCCGUAUGCCUGCUGAUCCCUCAGGCAUGUUGGGAUCUGAUCUGCUCAGGCAGAGUGUAGCAUAUUUCAGACAUUUCUUAGGUGACCUUAUAGAAGGAAAACCAACCAGUGAGUUUCACCACUUCUGAUUUAAAAGCUGUUACAUGUUUCUCGUGGACGUGAACUGAACAGAUUUAUAGUGUGAAUAUAUAGACAUUAUUUAUAUAUAUAUAUAUACAUUUCAUGUGCAUUCAUUGAGAGAAUCGAUUCUGGAAACACAGACUCGGUUCUAGAUCAAGAAAACUGAUACCACUCACACAUCUAUAGAUAAAUAUGAGCCAUCAGCUGUUUAUCUUAGCUUAGCAUAAAGAUAGCCCCCCUCAUUCUGUUCAAGGUUAACAAAGUCUGUCUUAACCCUAGAGCUGAUGUCCAGAUGCUCAGACAUUACAUAAAGAGAUUGUAUAAAAUCAACUGUGAUCUGACUGUUUGUUUCUGUUCUACAGGUGUAUGUGUGGACUGUCUCACUAAAUUAUCUACCGUAGAGUAAAUAAAAGGGCUUUCUUGUAAUGUGAACUGGAGAGUAAAUGACGUUACUUAUGUUUGUGUGAAUCAUUUAAUGUGCACUUUAGAGGUAAUACACUGGAUAUAUUAUUUAUGAUGCAUGUUCACGGCUGCGGGAUGGGCGGCUGUAGCUGUUACCAAUGAGAUAGAUUAUGUAUAGAAAAUGCACCUAUAAGAAAUCAAUGAAGUAGGAAAAAUACAUGUGGAGUAGGGGAUUUAUUAUAUUUUGGGGGGAAAGUGUAUUUGUUUAGCUGCUUAAAGUCAG